AACAGCACAAGUAACAGAACUUUUAAAAUGCGGAGGUUUUCAACUGCAUAAAUGGGCAUCAAAUUGUCCCGAAUUAAUUAAUAAAAUUGGAAUGCAAAACAAAAAUUUAGUAGAAUUUCCGUGUGAAUCUGAAAUUAAAAAAGUAUUAGGUGGUCGUUGGAGUCCAGUUAAAAAUGAAUUUACUUAUUAUGUAAAUCCUAUAGAUAAUGAAAUCAAUGAUUGUGUAAAGUGUAGUAGGUACAAUGCAAAGGUACCGGACUAUCGUAUGGGAGAUUUACCUGAAACUCGCUUAAUAAAGACUCGUCCAUUCCUUAAUGUGGGCUUGGAUUAUUGUGGCCCUUUUCUUUUAAAGGAAAAGAAAUUCAGAAAUAAAAUUAAAAUUAAAGCGUAUGUAGCUGUAUUUGUUUGCUUUUCAACUAAAGCGGUACAUCUGGAAUUAGUAACAGACUUGACUACUGAGGCUUGUAUAGAAGCAAUAAAACGAUUUGCUGCUCGGCGAGGUAAUCCUAAUAAUGUCUAUUCAGACAAUGCUACAAAUUUUGUAGGCGCUAAGAAUGAAAUAUUAAAGUUACAAGCAUUUUUUAUGUCAGAUGAAUAUUCAGGAGGUUUAAAACAAUAUUUUUCAAAACAGCAAAUUAAUUGGCAUUUCUCGCCCCCACGAGCACCUCAUUUCGGUGGCUUAUGGGAGGCUGCAGUAAAAUCCUUCAAAAGUCAUUUAUAUAGAACUGUGGCUAAUGCGUUAUUUACUUACGAGCAAUUUAAUACUUGUAUUAUUGAGAUUGAGGCAAUUUUAAACUCACGCCCAUUAGUACCCAUCUCAAGUGACCCUAAUGACCUUGUUGCCCUCACUCCAGCCCAUUUCCUUAUUGGGGAUUCAUUAAUGAGCUUUCCAGAACCCGACUAUAGGGAUGUUUAUCAAAAUAAAUUAUCCACCUGGCAACGAAUACAACAAGUGAAACAGCAUUUUUGGAGUCGUUGGUAUAAAGAAUAUUUGAACGAACUGCGAAUUCGAAGUAAGUGGCACAAGGGAACUUCAGAAGAAAUUAAAAUUGGGACAAUUGUGUUAAUAAAAGAAGAAAAUCUUCCGCCAAGACAAUGGAGUCUAGGACGCAUUAUUGAAUUACACCCUGGUGACGAUAACAUUGUGCGGGUAGUGACGGUGAGAACUCAAGAUGGUGUUUAUAAACGGUGUAUUAAAAAACUAUCACCGCUACCCAAUUUAUAGUAAUGAAGUGAUUUUGAACUUAAAUCGUUCAAGGUGGCCGGUGUGUUCGGUAUUCACCGUAUAAAAUUAAGUUUAUGUUUAUCUAUUGUUAGAAGUAAAGUUUUGUUAAAUUGUAAAUGUUUAAUUAGCGUGGCAACCCCUGUCAGUAUUAACCUUUUAAUUUAUAGUAUGUGUAAAUAAUGCCUCUUGUUCGUAAAUUUUAACCUUUUUUUAUGAUAUUCGUUAUUUUUAGUUUCUUUGUAAGUUUCAUGUUUAGAUAGAUUUAUAGCUCUUUUGUGUAAUAUGUUUGGACCCUUUAGU